AUGCCUAUGAUCCAGCAGCCCUCAAACGUGAUCAAGUUGACCAACGUUUCGCUCGUACGGUACAAGAAAGGAAAAAAGCGCUUCGAACUUGCCUGCUACAAGAACAAAUUGCUAGAAUACCGGUCCGGGACCGAGACAGAUCUGGACAACGUCUUGCAGGUCCCCACCAUCUUUCUCAACGCCUCCAAAGGCGAAACGGCCCCAAACGCUGAAUUAGUCAAGGCGUGGCCACUCCCAGAGCAGUCUGAAAAGCCUGCUGGCGGCAAAGGCAGCAAGGGUGGUAAGAAAGGAAAGAAGUCCCAUGAUGACGGGGACGACGACAAGUCAUGGAAGGAUUCGAUCAUCGAGGAGAUCCUGAAGAAGGGCGAGAUCCAGGUCAAUGCCAAUGAGAGGAAAGAGCUACUGGAUCGAAUGGAAAGAGAAAUCGUUGAGGAAGUCGCACAGCGGCUGAUCGACCCACAGACGAAAAGAGUAUACACGACUGGCAUGAUCAAGAAAGGACUGGACGUCCUGACAAAACAAGGCGGCCACACUCCUCAGCAGGACUCAAUACAACACAAGCUGGGCAAGCUAAAUCUGAACGAAGGUGGGAAGAAAGUGCAGCCGACCCCGAAGGGCUCAAGCGAGAAUAGCGGACAAGCGACGCCAUUGACGGACAAUGACGAUACCACUGACAAGGGCAAGGGAAGGAAGAGUGAUCUGCCCAUGUGGACGGGCGUGGUGGCCACGAAAUCCACGAAAGCCCAAGCGCUUGAAGCCAUCAGAGCACUGAUCGCGUGGCAGCCGAUCCCAGUCAUGCGAGCGAGAAUGAGGUUACGAGUAUCGUGUCCAACCAGCAUCUCGAAGCAAGCGCCAAAGUCGAAGAUAGCCUCGCAAGAAGACGCCGAGGAUGAAGGCGACCAGGGCAAAGGCACCAUCAAGGACAGGAUUCUGUCGUACUUUGAGCAGGUGGAAAGCCAGGAUGUCAUCGGGGAGGAGUGGGAAGUCGUUGGCUUCGUUGAGCCGGGUGCCUUCAAAGGGUUGAGUGAGUUUUCUUCGGCCGAGACCAAGGGGAAGGGGGUUGUUCAGGUUCUUGACGCUGCUGUUAUCCACGAGGAUGAUUGA